AUGAGGCAUGACCCGCUCAACAACUACAUGGGGAAAAGGCCUCAGCCGAACUGGACAGGGACCGUGCUCCUCGCAGUUCCCCCAGGAUCGCGGUCGGUGCACACAGGAGCGGAUCCUCCUCCCCAGCGAACCCCCAAACUUCAUGACCCGCGGUGCCCCGCCCGGCCCUCGCCUUACCUCGCAGGGGUUGUUCUGCGGCGGCGGCAGCGGCGGCGCGGCGGCUGGGCCGCUCAGUCCCACAUUGUCCCCGGGAAAGGCGGCCGCUCACAACUGCGAGUGACAUCAGCUGCGAACAAUGAGGGGUUUGACAGGCGCGGAGCCCGGCCGGCCCGGAGCCCGGCUCCGCGCCCCCCCACCCCCACCCCCCGGCCCGCCUGGCCCGGCCCCGCCCCGCCCCCUCCCGGAUCCGAUUACAGCGCGGCGGGCCCGCCCCAGCAGCCCCAGUGCCGCAGCCGCCCGCCCCGCCCCGCCCCGCCCCGCUCCGCGCCGCGCGGUCCAGCGUCCCGAGCGGCCGCUGCUUCCGGGAGGGAGCCAUGGACCUUUCCCCUGCGGCUCACCAGGACCUCAGGAUCCUCCCAGUGUGGCUCUCUCUGGGCCCGUCCUUCCCGCCCGGUGCUCCUGCCCAACUCGCCGCAGCCUUCAUCUCAGCCCUGGCCGCGCCUCCCGGCUUCUGUCCCACGGCCCUCCGCCCUGCCCGGGCUCUCGCUUCUUCGCCAUCCUUCACUCUGGGGUCCAGCCCAACAAAACGGGCCACCUACAGCUUCCUCACUGUCCGGCCCUAGUCCACCCAGGACAGGUUACCCGACUGGAGGAGGGGCCUGA